UUCCAAAAUUAAUAUUAAAUUCUCAUGUGAUAUUAUUUCCAAUAAUCCCUUCCUUUUCCUUUUACACAAAUAAUAAUUAACGCGUGUGCGGCGAGCAAGUUAAAGAAGAGAGAGAGCGAGCGAGCAGCAGGCAGCGAGUGAUAAGAACAAUGAAGGUCAUUGACUCCCUCCUUCGCUGCAGCCGGUCAAAGUGCAACGCUUGCCACCAUACAGGUAAACCGGGGAAGAGCACGGCGCUCUUAUGCGAAUCAAAUCAGUCGCCCAGCCAAAUUCAACGGGGCCGCCUCGCGCCGUGGUACCGGCGAGGCGAGAGCUCAAACUUUCACCCUUUUGGGGGUGGAUUUAAUUUGCAUCUGGUCUUUGGACCGACAGAGUUUGCCCUGGUGGGCGGUCACCCCUGGACGGACUUGCUUCCUGAGUCCAUGGCCGCCACCAGAGCCGUGUCCCUGGCGUCGUAAGGGACAGGCGGACAGGUCCCACGUCACCUUCGACCUGACCGCGUGGCUUCACCAUCCAGCCACCCAGACCGGCAGCAAUCGUGCCAAUUCGAUCGACUCGAGCAACGACUCGCCGCGACCAUCACCUCCGAUCACUGCACCAUCAAGACAACGAACUCGAUAAGUACAAUUUGCGAGUGCAACUUCAGUGAUAAAAUACGAAACGCGUAAAAGGCCUAUUUCAAAAUAUUUGUAUAUUAAUCAUGUGAAACACAUUUUCCUUACCUAAUCCAUAUUACCUCAUUUGAAUAUCACAUUUUUUCUAUUUUCAAAAUAACCAAAACUUUCAUUAAAAUUUAAUCAAAAAAUAAUAAGUUUCAAUUUGAGUUUUCCUGAAUUAAAUUAUCUGCAUUUUAUUUUGUGUGCUUUCAACCCUCUCACAAGUUUAAAAAAGGUCUACCUGCACCUUGAGAUAAGAAGCCGAGGUUAAAAUAAAUAACGGAUUAAAGUUAACUUUUUUAAUCGUUAUAAAUGGCGCCCAACUAAAUAUAAAACUGUGAGAGAGGAAAAUUUUGGUGCAAAAUUUUAAGCGUGCGUCCUGUGCUCGUCGAUCAAUUUUUAGAAUUCUUUGAAUACACUCCUGGUGUGCAUUUUUGCAGCGUGCUCUGCAUAUUUUCUCGUCUGCCAAUGCGAGAACGAAUUUCCACACUCUAUUGAGAGUAGUGCGAUCAGAGAAGCAAAUUUUUUUGUUGAAUUUUGUUGUUCUCUUUAUUUUUUCAAGUUACGUUUGUUUUUGUGAGUUACAUUUUAGUGUGUUAAAAGUAAAUUCCAAAUGGAGUCAUUAAAGAUAGAAUGGGACCGUCUGUCCAAAGAGGAUUGCGAGGCAGAGGCCGCCGUGAGGAAUAUCACGGGCGAGAACCUCUCGGCCAUCAGAAAGAAUUUGAAAGAUGCCCUCGAGCUGGAGGCACAAAAGGAGGCCGAGCCACCUCCGCUAUUGACUGAUCCAGAACAAAUUGACGCGGAAUUAAAAGUAAUUGUUGACCGCGCCGUGGAGCUCAGAGAAGCGAUUAAGCUAUGUUGCUCAAAUAAAAACGCGACGGAGGCGCGAAAAAUAAAGACGCUUAUUGCUUGGUUGGGACUUCGUCUAAAGAGAGUCACGAUUUACGACGAAGCCACUGCCAAACGACAUGAUUCUUUAGUGACAUAUUUUGAGCAGUGUGUUGAUUGGCUAAAAAAAGGCGUUCCGGACGAACCUGAACCUAAAGUAGUGUUAGAAAAAGAAAAAUUGGACCAAUCAUUUUCCUUGCUGGACCAAUUGUCCAACGACCCUCUGUUGGAGGACAAUUUGGACCAAGUUCAGCCGGCCGGAAACGCAAACACACAAAAAUCGCCAAAUGUUGAUUUUCCAUCAAAUCAGUCAAUGUUUCCAUUUUGUUACGUGCCCAUGUCAUUUAACCAAACAACGCGUAAUUUUACCCCAGUUGAUGCGCAAAAUAGUGCACAGUUCAUGCCAUUUUCUCAGCCUGUACGUUCAAAUGUCCGAGUGAUCUACACAAAAGACUGGAAAUUGCAAUUUACUGGAGAGCCUUCCAGUAAAUUGUCACUUGCAGUAUUUUUGCGUGACGUUGGACUAAAAAGACAGGAGAGCAAUUUGUCAGGAACAGAGUUUUGGGCCUCAGCGCACAACUUGUUUGAUGGCCAGGCAAAAACAUGGUUUUUGAAUAAUAGACACAAGUGGAACUCCUGGGCGGAAUUUGUGCCACAUUUCAUUUGCAAUUUUAGACCUCCCAAUUACGAGGAAAGGUUAUGGGAGCAGCUCAGGCAAAGACGGCAGGGUCGUGAUGAAAGAUUAAACAUUUAUUGUUCGGAAAUGGAAAAUUCCUUUGCACUGCUCGGGAAUCCUCCUUCUGAGCAGGAAAGAUUGUCUUUCAUUAAAGCCCGGCUUGCGCCCUUCUGGCUAUUAAAUUUGCCUCUGGACAGAAUUUAUUCCAUUGAUUCACUCGUCGCCGAAGGUCUUAGACUCGAGGCAGUAAAAUGUUUAGUUGACGAGUAUACAGAUCCCACUGCUCCAUCCAAUCCAGUUGAAAAAGACUUGGUGUACAUAUCAAUUAAUGAUGGAAAAAAGGGUGCUGGCGGCCCUUCAAAAACGUGUGUAGCAGGAAUUUGUUGUGGCGCGGCGAGUACUGGGUCGUUUUGUUGUGCGGCGCGUGCUGCUGGUGUGCAGAGCGCGUCGGGCAAUUCGCAGGCGACGAAUACUGUGCCGCCGCAACAAAAUUCAAACCGUGGAAAAGGUAAUUGGAGAAAUUAUUCCCGUGGCGGGCGACAAGCUCACGGUGCUCACACGAAUAAUCAAAAUACAAGCGCGCCUUCACAGACAAAUAACGCAUCGGCGGCGAAAAUGUGCUGGAAUUGUUUCCAACAAGGGCACAGUUUCAGGCAAUGUUCGCAGCCUAAGAGGGGUUUGUUCUGUUGGGGUUGCGGCAAAGAUGGGGUGGCGCGCGCCAAUUGCAGCAAAGAAUCAUGCCGGCGAGCAAAAAACUCGCGCGGGGCCGCUGCGUCUGGAGCGUCGCGUGGCACGCCCAAAACAAAUCAAACCGUUCCGCAAAGUGCUGGAAGCGGCACGUCAACAAAUUAA